UGCAAGCCAGCCUACUUGCCCGGGGAAGCUCCGCUUCCCGGUAGCAUCAGUACAUGCAUUCGGAUACGGGCAGGAUUCCGCAAAACUUCACUCGCCAUAUGCAUGGCCCACGUUGCCGCGCUUGGUCGCAAGCACGGCAGAUGUCAUGCACACACGGAGAUGGCUCCCUCUCCAGCCAGAUCGUGUCAGCAAUGCGUCUGUAGCGACGAUGAACGACCCUCUCCCUAGCGCCCGCGGCAUCCAUCAUCCUUGAGGAUCCACAAAACCUACCACACAGAGACUCCUUGUUGUCAUCAACCGCCUUGAGUGUGAGGCAGAACGGCGAUUGCUUCUGUCGUGUUACCUGGUCGGCAUCAUGGUCACCGAUGUGUCAGGCGCACUGCUGAAUACAGUCCCACCCUUGUACCUAGGCCUGCUCCUCAUUGCGGCUUAUCUGGUAAUUGCUCGCCUCCGCCAGUAUUAUCGCCUCAGCCACUUCAAGGGCCCGGCAACCACCGGCAUUUCAUGGUGGUGGCAUUCGAAGGCUGUAUUGAGUGGUCAGGCGCAGCGCUAUUAUGGUGACGUGACGGAGAAAUAUGGCCCAAUCGCAAGAGUGUCGCCUGAGCACUUGAUAACAAGUGACCCUGAGCUAUGGGCGCACAUCAAUGGCGUUCGGUCGCCAUACCGCAGGGCGCCAUGGUACUACCACGCAGCACGUUUCGAGCCUGGAAAGGACAAUGUCUUCACCGAGUGCGAUAAUGAACGCCAUGAUGCCAGAAGGAAGAAGAUGUUUGCUGGUUACUCUGGAAAAGAGAACCCAACCCUAGAACCCUCUAUCGACAGCCAUGUGCAAGAGCUGAUUCAACUCGUCCGGACUUACGCUGAUCAGACAGCAUCAUCAAAACCAAUUAAAUCAAUGGACCUUGCCAAAAAGAUCCCAUUCUUCACUCUGGAUGUCAUCAGUCACAUUGGUCUCGGCUCCGCAUUUGGAAACCUCGUCUCGAACAAGGACGUGAACGACUACCUCAAGUCCACCGAGGAGGGCCUCAAAAUUGGCAACACAGCCUUUGGUAUGGGUCUAGGCUGGAUGCGAGAAAACCCCCUCAUCGGCCCAGCAAUCAGCCCCUCGGAGAAGGACGCCAGUGGAUACGGCCGCAUGAUGCACGAAGCGCGCAAGCUCGUCGAUGCUCGCAGACUGUCGUCCACCGAGGGCAAGUCCGACAUGCUGGCAUCCUUCAUCCGCAACGGCGUCGCAGGUGACGACCUCUUCCAGGAGGCCUUCGAGCAGAUCCUCGCGGGCUCCGACACCACCGCCGCCGCUAUCCGCAUCAUCCUGCUCUACAUCAUGACGCAUCCCCGCGUCUACGCAAAACUGCAGGCCGAGAUCGACGAAGCCGUGAAAUCAGACGCUGCCCCGCCGUCUCCAGGCGUCAUUUCAGACACCGAAGCGCGUAAGCUGCCCUACCUGGGCGCCGUGGUGCGGGAAGGCAUGCGCGUGCACCCACCCGUCGUCAACCUGUUUUCCCGCGUCGCUCCCGACGCAGGCGACGUCGUCACGGUGCAAGGCAAGGAGUACUUCAUCCCGGGCGGCACCAUGGUCGGCUACUGUGCGUGGUCGAUGCACCGCAACAACACCUCCUUGUACGGCGCCGACGCCGCCAUCUUCCGGCCGGAGCGGUGGCUCGUGGACGAGUCUAGCGCUGCUGAGCAGGCCCAGCUGAAGGAGAUGGUCAGGACGAACGACAUGAUCUUCGGGCACGGCAGGUGGGUGUGCUUGGGCAGGAAUAUCGCGUUGCUCGAGGUGCACAAGUGCGUGUUCGAGCUGCUGAGGCACUUUGAUCUUGCGCUGAGUAACCCCGCGGAGCCGUGGAAGACGCAUAAUAGUCUCGGGCUGUGGGAGAUUAAGGAUAUGUGGGUUGAUGUUACGGCGCGAGCGUGAUGAUGCCACUCGCAGGUAGAAACGGUAGAUUGGCGACGCGAGAUAAUUAAUGCAAGUUUGAAAGUGC